AUGAAUACGUAUUUUAGUCAGAAGGUGCUACUCAGUGAACCUUCUGAAACAAGAGAGAAGACAUAUGGUCUUACGAAGAUGCUUAUUAGGAAGAAUAUUAUAUCUUUGGCACAGACGUUCAGACUAGAUGACCUUGAUGAUGAAUUACACCAGGAGUCUUCAGAUAAUCAGGUUGCUUGUGCCUCACGGAUCCGUAACAACUGUGAUUCAAAACAGCAUCCCUUAGGACGGAGCGCUGUUAAUGAUUCUCUGCUUGAAAUGGUGGAAAGCCAGGGAGCAGUGGGAUGGAGAGAAGCACAGGUACGAGUCGUUAUCCAAAGGGUGUACUGUUUGCCUGCAAGAGAAGGUUACAGAAGCCACGUUCAAGGAAACAAGCCUCUUGGUGCAACACCCAUCAUAAAUUCAGAUCCACCAAACGUUAGGGCAGUGGUGAAAGCUGCUGAUAUAGAAAAGACUCUCAAGAAGACAGUGGCCAGCAUAGACCACAAGCGUGACAGGGAUUCAGUCUCUUUGGAAAGCAAAUGGGCAGGAACAGAAACCAACUGUCAGAUGGCCAACACUACCAAGGGCGGCCCUGUACUUACGAGUGCCUGCCUGGCAGGUGGGGUAUGGUCCCUUCCACAGCUGUGCAGUUGUGGUCCCGAUUCAGCACGUGGUGCAGGAACUCCACCAGCAAGGAGACGUUCACUUCGGUUUCUGAGUGAGCGAACAGGGGAAUUGACAGCCCCUCGGCGAACCGAUAUUUCCUCCCUUGUUGGGAGCCGGCGCUGGAAGCCGCCGGGUUGCGGGAGGGUUGGCCGGGUGAGCCGAGGGGCCACGUGGUUCGUCUCUCCCCCCCGUGUCCCCCGUGCUCAGUGUGUCUCUGCACACGCUGUUCGGUUGUGCCUCCUUGUCCAGGAUGCCUAUGGUAUGUUCAGUGAAGUGCAGUUGCAGUCCCUGAGCUCUGCAGAAGACAUUGAGCAGUAUUGCAAGAGAUGGGAAGGAAAAUUCUGCUGCUUAGCUGGAAUGAGAAUUUUGCAAAGAACUACAAGAGGAAGGGCAUUAGGACUUUUUAGUCUGAUAGACAGUCUGUGGCCUCCAGUAGUGCCUGUAAAAGUUCCUGGACAAAGUCAAGACUCUGAAAUGAUGACAACUAACCUACCUCCUCCCAGCUUCUGUUAUAUUCUUACUGUUCAGUCUGGUGAAAUAAAUGUGGAAGUGGAUGAAGAAGAACAGAUUUCUAAUUUGUACCAGCCACCAGCUGUUCAUGGUCUAAAGGAAAUUCUUCAGAUCGAUGGUUGUAAUGAACGUUGUAGCUUUUGGGCGCAAGUGCUAUAUCUAAGGCUGCAGACAAAACACAGCAAUCCUAUAAAUCAAAGAGAGAUUUGGUUGUUUGUGACUGACUCCACAUUGCAAAAUGUGGUUCAUGUGAUUCCAAAAGUUGUUGCUGUGUCAGUCGCUGCAUCGUGUGUUCUCAGUAGGGAAAUCACAGAAACCCUCAGUGUUGCCUCGCAACCUGUCUUCUUCAAGGAUGCGCUGUGGGGAAAUGGUAGGAUUAUUUGUGUUGAACGUACUGUUCUCUUAUUACAAAAGCCUCUUUUGUACUCGGCUGCCGGUGCUGACCUCAGUGAGCUGACUGGCCCUCUCAGACUCGAUGAGCUGGAUUCUACAACGCAGGCCAACUCCAUUUGUGCUGUAAGAG